CUUUUUUGUGUACUCCAAAAAUAAAUAAAAUAUAUUUUAUAUAAAUAAAUUUUUUAUUAUCAGUGAUAGAAAAGGAAACUAAAACGAAAUGCCACCGAAAAAGGUUAAGGGAAAAGGCAAAAAGAAAAAAGAGCCCGUACCGGAAGUGGAGCCGGAGCCACAAAUUGAAUUAUCUGACACUUCUAUAAAUGAGCGUGAAUUGGACUUGUUGGAUGACCUUAACGAUGACUUCUUCUCGGCAGCCAAUCAGACUAUACAAAAACUCAUGGAAGCGAAUCGCACUUAUGAAGCUUCGAAAAUUAAGAAAUACGUGGAUAUAAUUUUCAAUUUACAUCGUCGCUAUGCCGAUGAAGUGAAAGAGACGUCCGUGCUGCGACCACAAGUAAUACGCGCGGAGAAUAAGUUGCGCUUGGCCUUGGAGCUGACCGCCAAUUCCGAGGAGGCUAUGGAACGGCUGCGCGAAGCUCUAAGCAAAGCCUGGAUGGAAAGUGACGCCUCAUUAUUGCGGGAACAGGAUACGCAAGAGCGUUUGCAGGAAGUAAUGAUAAAAUGUGAAGGAAUAGAGAGCAAGGAGGCGAAGAAACAGGAUGAUACAUCGGAAUUUGGUAAUUUAGCAAAAUACAAAAACAUUAUUUUGCGUGAACGCGAUCGUCUCAACGGUGAGGUGAUUGAUCUUGAGAAACGUUUACAAUUCCAACGGUACUACUCUGAAUCUCUCGAGUAUAUCAACAAAAACAAUGAAGAGACUUUAGCAAAGAAUAAUAAGCAAAUGCGCAUGCUCGAAACGGAAAAGGGAAAUUUCGAGGUAAAAAUUCGAAGUUUGCAAAGUAAUCUCGACGAUCAGAAGGAAAUCACAACGCGCACAGCUUUGAAAUUGGAUGCCGUUAAUCGUGAGUUGAUGGAAACACAAAAAAAGUUAGCGAAGAAAGUAGAAGACUACGAUCAGCAAAAGCAUACGAUGGAGAAAUUGCGUAAUGACAAUGCAAUAAGCAAUCGACAGUUGCUCAAGAAUGAUGAAGAAAUAACUGAGAUGCGAAAGGACCAGCGCGCAAAUGAGGAGCUUAUUAAAGCGUUACGACUGGAGGAUAAAGUAAAAGCCAACACAAUAAAUCAAAUGGCAAAAAAAUACAAGAAGGCCGUGCAAGAUCACAGCUCCAUUUCAUCUAAGCUGUACAAACUGAAUCGACUGAAUAACACAUUGGGCGAGGAUAUUGCACGGCUGAAAAACCAAAUCAAUGCAUUGGAAAAGGAUCUGGUUAAUUCCACUUACAAAUUUGACGAACUGCGCAAUGUUAAGGAUAACAUGCAACACGAGCGAGAUGCAUUGCGCAGCGAUAUCGUCAAGUUGAACAAUCAGAUAGCCGAUCUCAAACACACCAUUAUGAUGCAAACUAUCAAUAUCGAUGGACUUCAUUUGGAUAUAAAUAAAUUGAAUGUGAAACUAGACGAAGCGCGUAUAAGCGUGUCGAAGUCGCAGAAGGAGCGCGACGAAAUGGCGCAAGAGGUCGAGACGCUGCACGAACGCAUCGAAUAUCAACAAGAACAAAUUCAGUUGAAAUCGAAUCAAGUUACGGAUUUGAGCGAAAAACUACAGCAAAAGCACUUAGCUUUGAUCAACGUGAAAAAACAGUUGGAAACGGUCCAUUCAGAGAAAAUGUUGAAAUCGAAUCAAGUUACGGAUUUGAGCGAAAAACUACAGCAAAAGCACUUAGCAUUGAUCAACGUGAAAAAACAGUUGGAAACGGUCCAUUCAGAGAAAAUGGUGCUGAAACGAAAUUUGGAAACGUGUACGCAGGAACGCGAUAAUUUCCGCAUAUUGCAGACGAAAACGAAUCAUCAAAUUCAACAACUCACCGCAGAAAUAAUGGCCAACCAAAACAAGAUUUCCAACCUCAACUUGCAAAUUGAGCGCCUGAACAACGACAAAAAAGAGCUGCAGUCCGAAUUGAAGAACAAGGAGAAUCUGUUGGCCAGUGUACGUCGUGAUUUACGCGAAAUGAAGACCAAAAACGACAACCUUCUCAAGACUAUACACGAAGAUGAGUUGAAGUUCAUGAAAAUGUCACAGGAUCUCGAUGAAACACGCAAGGAGAAGAACCUGGUUGGGCUGCAAAUGGUGCGACGCAAUGAUGAGAUCGUAGUGCUGCGUGAAAAGCUCAAUAAUACGCAAACGGCUUUGGAUCAAGGACAAACGCAGUACAAUCAACGUGUUGAAGAUAUACGUUUGCUUAAAAUGGAAAUAACUAACUUACAAACGGAACGUGAUUGCCUGACGCGUGCCAUAAAGAGUACAGCGAAUAUGCGCGAAGAAAUCAUAAGAUUGCAACGUUCUUUAAAUCAGGAACGUAUCAAGGUACGCUCACUCACUGAGGAUGCAAAGACACCAACCGGUGUACAUCGCUGGCGCAUACUCAAGGGUGAAGAUCCGAAUCGCUAUCAGCUGUUGGAAAAAGUGCAAAUGUUACAGAGGCGAAAUCUGAAACAAGAGAUAUAUAAAGAGAAGCUAGAGCAAAAGCUGGAAGAGACGCAUCGUGUGUGUGAUUCUCUAAAACGUGUGGUGGAGAAUUUGCCGACAACAGAUGUCAAAGAAAAGCUUGUAGUAACGCAGCGCAUUAAUCGCUCACAGUUAAAAAAAUUGAAAGCGCUCAGUGCGGAAUUAUCGAUCAAUCAAAUUGAAUUAAAAGCGCGUGAAUGCAUCAUUGAAGAAUUCAAAGACACGCUAAAGAAAGCAAAGCAGCAAAACAAUUAUGAGCAGCAAAGCAUUACACAGCCAACGCAGUCUGCAACAUCGAGCGCCGUUGUGCCCUUCGCCUACUCAAGCCAGGAGAAUUAUAUGGAUUGCAUUUUUGUGGAGACCAGCGAUCCCAGCCAAGAUACGCAGGAGCUGAAGACAGUUUAACACGCUGAAGAAAUAUUAUUUUUUUUUUAUGUGUUUAAGUGGAAAUUUAUAUACAUUUUCGGUUUAAGGGCACG